AUGGGAAAGGACGCAAAAGAUCAGCCCGACGCCGGGCUCAAGAGUCUCAACCACUAUUCAAGUCGACUACCCCUCUGGCGCUACUGGCCGAGACAGAAACUCCUCCCUCUGAUCCGAUAUGAAACGCCAUACCUUGCCUGGGUCCAGGAGAAAGUCCGCACUCCGACCCUGGACUCGUACUUUGCCUUUACGGCUAACCUUGGCACUCACACCUUUUUCAUGGUCUUCUUGCCCUUCCUGUUCUGGUGUGGUCAUACCAGUUUGGGGCGUGGACUGGUCCACAUUUUGGCAGCCGGUGUCUUUUUCAGCGGUUUCAUUAAAGACCUACUCUGUCUGCCUCGGCCCUUAUCUCCGCCGCUUCAGCGAAUCACCCACUCCGGCUCUGCUGCUCUGGAGUACGGCUUCCCCUCGACGCAUUCCACCAACGCCGUUUCGGUUGCCGUCUACGCUCUCCUUCUGCUCAAUUCGCCCGACUCGACUCUCAACCCGCAGACCAGCGUCUUCUUCCAGGUGGUGAUCUAUCUCUACGUGACGUCGAUCGUGCUGGGCCGGUUAUACUGCGGUAUGCAUGGGGUGCUAGACUGUGUGGUUGGCUGCGUGUUGGGUGCACUGAUUGGCCUCGCGCAGUUCAGCUGGGGCCCCGCAUUUGAUGAUUACAUUUUGUCGUCCUCGCUGAAGGAGAUCCUCGUCAUUCCCAUUGUCAUCCUAGUCAUGGUUCGCAUUCAUCCGGAGCCGGCAGAUGAUUGUCCUUGUUUCGAUGACAGUGUCGCAUUCGCGGGCGUCACGCUUGGAGUGGACGUUGGCUCGUGGUACUUCACCCAAUCCGACCUUGCCUGGUCUGAGCCCCUCCCGGGCACCAUUCCAUACAACUACAAAAUUAUCGGCCUGCCCAAGACCGUUAUUCGUCUUGUGGUGGGAGUGCUGUGUGUUUUCGCAUGGCGAGAAAUUACCAAGCCGACUCUGCUCCGCAUUCUCCCGCCCAUUUUCCGCAGCCUCGAGAAACUCGGUCUUCUCUUGCCCCGUCGAUUCUUCACCACAGCCUCGCGGUAUACUACCGUUCCCUCUAACCUGAAGGACAACGAAGUCUUCCCCAACUUCUCCGAUAUUCCUUCCAUCCUCACCACGAUCCGGCACCCUCGGCGACGAGCCAUUUCCGUCGGACCUCAGUCAGAAGCCGAUGCAUACGAAACAUUGGCAUACCGGGAGAAGCGCCGACGCGAAAGCCAAUCCGGCAGUAGCCGGGAACCUCCCGCUGACCGGGAUAACAAAGCCAAUGGAAAUCCCGUGUUGUCGCGAAAGACAUCCAAGCUGGACGACUACGAGAACAUGAUGGGCAGAGGCAGCCCCCAAUCCGGUAAAUUGGAGCCGGACGCCAAUAUUCCUCGUUCAUCUCCACUUCCCUCGCCCGAAUAUGAAACAAGCCGGGCGACAACCCGUGCGGACGAAAAGGAAGUGUUCUCACAAAUCAAAAAACCUCGCGUGCGAUACGACGUCGAGGUCGUGACCAAGUUGGUUGUAUAUGCAGGUAUUCCAUGGAUAGUCAUCAACGGGGCGCCCCCUGUAUUCGAAGUCCUCGGGCUCGGAGUUCCUUACUAG